ACUCUUUUCUUGAUCUUUGGUUUCUUGGAAUGGGUGGAGUCAUUUCUAGAUUUGGAAAGAGGUUCUUUCCAAAGAAUGCAGUGAGGAUACUAAUGGUGGGUCUUAAUGCUUCUGGGAAGACUACCAUCCUCUACAAGCUAAAACUAGGAGAGAUUGUUUCAACCAUACCCACCAUUGGUUUCAACGUGGAGACAAUAGAGUACAAGAACAUUACCUUCACUGUGUGGGAUGUUGGAGGUCAAGAUAAGAUAAGGCCUUUGUGGAGGCACUACUUUAAAAAUACUCAAGGACUUAUAUUUACUGUGGACAGCAAUGACAAAGAACGAAUCCCAGAAGCUCGCAAUGAGCUUCAUCGUAUUCUAGGCGAGAGUGAACUAAGCAAUGCAGUAGUCCUGGUCCUUGCUAAUAAGCUAGACCUUCCAAAUGCUAUGUGUGCUACUGAGGUUGCUGAUAAGCUUGCACUCCACUUACUUGGUCAACGUUCCUGGUACAUCCAAAGUAUCUCUGCAACCUCUGGCCAAGGACUCUAUGAAGGUCUUGAUUGGCUAUCUAAUAACACUAGUGUUACCAAGAAAUGAUGCAAGGGACCUUCUAUAACACUCAAACUAGUCAUAUUUUGAUUUCAUACAUACUGUUCAGUAGAACCAAAUUUGGUUGGC